AGCUUAUCAAUUACACGAUGAGAGAGAGAUCGAGAGAGAGAGGGCGAGGCUGGGAGAGAAGGGUCGACAGCAGAACACGAGGACAGCGGACAACACAACGGUAUGAGGGUAUCCAGAUGCAGAGCAAGGAUCGGCCAAUGCAGUUUUAUGGGGGUUUUGAGAAGAAAGUAUACAAUCAAGCAACUCCAUUCUUCUUCACAAACUUUCCAGAAGACUGGACUUUUGAACAGAUGUGGAGAACUUUCAACAAGUUGGACGGGGGUAGGGUGAUCGAGAUUGAAUGCCCAAAGAAGAGGGAUCGGCUGGGAAGGAGAUUUGGGUUUGUUAGAUUCUUGGAGGUUAAAGACACUGGUGAGCUGGAAAGAAAGUUAAAUCAAAUUCAAAUUGCAGGAAUCAAACUUCAAGCCAACAAACCACGGUUUGGAAAAACAUGGCAUGAAAAACAGCACCACUGGAACACAGAAAAUAUAAGGAGAGGGAUGGUUAAAGAUGAUGCUAAAUGGCAACAGAAAAAGUCUUAUGCGGAUGCAGUCAAAGGAAUGACAGCAGAAAACAAAGUGCAUGGAAUGAGAAGGGGACACUUCCACGGAGUGGAAGGAAGGGAUCAUACCAAAACUAACAGUGCAAAUGAGCAAAGAAGAUGGAGAUGGAAGCCUAAAAUACAACCACAAGCAUGGACAGGAAUGGAGCUCAAAGUUAACAAGGAAGAGUACCAGUGGCUGGAGAAAUGUUUUGUUGGGACUGUUCAUUCCAUAACCUUGAUUCCAACUUUGCAGGAGAAAUUUUAUAUGGAAGGAGUCUUUUACUGCAAGAUCAGAGCAAUGGGAGGAAGUCGCCGCAUCUGGGUUCGCUCAAUGAUGGAGGAUGUGACGAAGAAUGGAGUUCUAGCGGUUCAAACGCUGAGAAACAACAUAAUGGCGUCCACGGUGCUGGCGUCGACGGCAGUCAUGCUCAGCUCUUUAAUCUCCGUUCUGAUGAUGAGCAGCUACGGCAACAACGGUAACAGCAACGGCAACAACAACAACAACGGUAACAGCAACGGCAACUGGUUGGCAUGGUUCGACCUCGGUGACAGAAGCGAGCAUGCCUUCUCCAUCAAGUUCUUCUCCAUUCUGGUAUGCUAUCUGGUGGCGUUCCUCCUCAACGUGCAGUCGAUAAGGUACUACUGUCACGCCAGCAUCCUCAUCAACGUCCCUUUCAAUAAGAUGUCGCCGCACGAGCACCACCACCAGCUGACGGCAAAUUACGUGGCAACGACGGUGAACAGGGGAAGCUAUUUCUGGUCAUUAGGCCUGCGGGUUUUCUACUUCUCUUUCCCAUUAGUUUUGUGGAUCUUUGGGCCCAUUCCCAUGUUUCUCUGUUGCUUGCUCCUUGUUUUCAUGCUAUAUUUCCUCGAUGGUACCUUUGAACGGGCCGUUGCUGUUUCCGAUGAUAUUGACGACCAUGAAGCCGAGGAACUUAGGGACACCGGUCCAGUCUCCGUGGUUAAGGCCAAGGAGGUUUGUGGUAAUAACUGGAAGUGGCGGAGCCACGUAGAAAUGGGGAGCCAUAGGAUCCCUUGUUCUUGAAAAAAUUUUUAAAUUAGUCCUCACAUUUUGUAUUUAAGAAUUCUAUUCUUAAGUUAGGCUCUCUAAAACCGUGUUAUAUGUGGUUCGUUUGUACUUUACUCUUUUUUAGUAAUUAUUGAAUAUAAUAAUAUUAAUUUA